UGGGGGCCUUCUUCAAUAGUCACAACCUAUCUCUUGAUACAAAAGUAAGAAUGCUGCGAUGCUACGUUUUCUCUGUCCUUUUUUAUGGUGUUGAAUUGUGGACCUUGAACGAAGAUAUGUGCAGAAAACUGGAAGCAUUUGAGAUGUAUCUAUAUCAGAGAAUGUUUAAGAUCCCGUGGACUGACCGAGUCACAAAUGAGGAGGUUCUCAGAAGAAUGAAUAAAAACCGAGAGGUACUGACCACCAUCAAAUCUCGAAAGUUACAGUUCUUCGGACAUAUUAUGCGAAAUGAGAUAAGAUAUGCUUCAAGCCAUCCUGCAAGAAAAAUAUUUGGGAAACGAGGUCCAGGAAGAAGAAGAACAUCUUGGUUA